GUUGUUUGUGGUGUUAAAGCAUGGUUGUUUGUGGUUUAAUUAAGUUGUAAUUGAUGAGUUUACACCUGCAUCAUCCACAAGCAUAGUGUCUGAUGAUUCGCCUAAACGCAUCCCGUCAAAUGGAUCAAAAGAUUAGUGAGUCUUGCAGGUGUCACUCGUAUAACUCUAUUGGUUAUAUGGAGUUUGAAUUGAAAGAGGAUUUUGCUUCUUUCGAUAAAUGCAACGUUGCUUUUGGUUUUUGUAAUGCAUUAAUCCUUUAACACCCUUCAUUGGCAGUUGAAACUUCGUCAAAUUUGGUUUACGAAGGAUGUAGUUAACCUUGAAAGCC